AUGAUUGAAUUUUACUUCGAUAAAGGAUCAUCAGUAAUUCAACCAAAGCUCGUCGAAGAGCAUCCAUCACAUUAUAUGUCACUCGAAGAAAGGCAGAAAUACGUUCACGGAAUUAUGGAAAUAAUUAAGGCGACGAAUAAAAUAUUACAUAUUACGUUUCCUAUACGUAGGGAAGAUGGAACUUAUGAAAUCAUUCAUGCCUGGAGGGCACAACACAGCGACCAUAAACUUCCUACGAAAGGGGGCAUUCGCUUUUCGCUUUCCGUCGAUGAGGAUGAGGUCAAAGGCCUAGCAGCGUUGAUGACUUAUAAAUGUGCAGUUGCUGGUGUUCCAUUCGGGGGUUCUAAAGGUGGCAUAAAAAUCGACCCGCGGAAAUAUACCGAAUAUGAAAUAGAAAAAAUCACUAGACGGAUGGCUAUAGAACUUGCUAAGAAAGGGUUCCUUGGACCUGGGGUCGAUGUUCCUGCGCCUGAUAUGGGUACAAGUUCAAGAGAAAUGGCAUGGAUCGCUGAUACUUACGCACAAACGGUUGGAUACUGUGAUAAGGAUGCAUAUGCUUGCGUUACUGGAAAACCCAUUAAAAUCGGCCUCGAACCUGGACUUAAAGGAAAAACGGUCAUAAUUCAGGGUUUUGGUAAUGUUGGAACGUAUACAGCUCAUUUCUUAGGAUUCCCGGGUGCACAACCUUUCGAGCCAUUCGCUGAACUGCUUUAUGAAAAAUGUGAUAUUUUCGUUCCAGCAGCAUGUGAAAAAGUUAUUAAUCGAAAUAACGCAGAUAGAAUUAAAGCAAAAGUGAUCGCUGAAGCAGCAAAUGGACCAACGACGCCAGCGGCAGAUAAAAUUUUCCUAAAGAGAGGCGAUUGUCUGAUUAUUCCUGACAUGUUUAUUAACGCUGGAGGUGUAACUGUAUCAUUUUUCGAAUGGCUUAAGAAUCUGAAUCAUGUCAGUUUCGGCCGAUUGACCUUUAAACAUGAGAUCGAUUCCAGCUACGAUAUACUAGGAAGUGUGAAAGAUUCUCUUGAACGAGAAUUCAAGCGAAAAAUCACAAUCGAACCGUCAAUCGCAUUGCAGGAACGUAUUAAAGGAGCAUCUGAGGAAGAAAUCGUUAACACGGGCCUCGAAUAUAGCAUGCAAAAAUCAGCAAGAAGCAUUAUUAAAACGGCAGAAAAAUACAAUUUGGGAUUGGACAUGAGAACCGCGGCUUACGCGAAUGCGAUCGAACGCAUUUAUAACACCUACAGGACGUCCGGUUCCACUUUCUCGUGA